AUUAAUUUAUAAAAUAAAAAAAACAAUUAUUAAUUAUUAAUAAAUAAAAUUAACAAGAUAAAAAAAAAAAUUGAAAAAGACCUUGACACCUGGGAUUAGUGCCAAAAUCGUGAGAAAUGUAUGUCAAGUUUGUAAAUUCAUUUGACUGAAAGAUUAGUACAAGCUAGACAGUAAAAUAAUUCACUAUGACUAGUUUGGAGAUCACAUCAGAAAUUCAUGAGAAUAAAUGUCCAUCAGUUAACCAGUCAUCACAAAAAAAUCAUGUUACGGAAUUUAAAUUUCAAUUACCUCCAUAUCUCGUUGGAAAAGAUGAAAUUGAGUAUGACAGUGAUGGAGAUUUAAUAUUAAAUCGUGAGAAAGAAGGAACACUUUUAAUUGAACACAGUAUUUCAACAAAAUUAGAACUAGUAGGUCUUCAAGUUUGGAGAGGAUCACUUCUUCUUGCUGAUUAUAUUCUCUCAAAUCAAAAAAUAUUUGAAAAUAAAAAAAUACUAGAAUUAGGAUCUGGUGUUGGUCUCACAAGUAUCGUAGCAAGUUUUUUAGCUGAUCAAGUUAUUUGCACAGAUAUUAAUCUUGAAGGAAUAUUGCAAUUAAUACAAAGAAAUUUCGAUAGAAAUUCAAAAUUUAUUCGUAGUAAAUUUAACGUGAUGGAGUUGAAUUUUUUACAAACAAAUUGGCCAUCAGAUGUACAAGAAAAAUUUGAUGAAUCCUCAAUUGUCCUUGCUGCUGAUGUUAUUUAUGAUGAUGACAUCACAAGGGGUUUCAUCGAGACCCUGAAAAAACUAUUACAUUCCAAAUCAUCAACAAAAACAAUUUAUGUAAGUUUAGAAAAACGUUAUGUAUUUACAGUAGCAAAUCUUGACUCGGUUGCUCCAAUGUAUGAAGAAUUUCUUCGAAUAAUUAAUCAACAAAAAUUACCCUGGAUUAUCGAAUAUUUACCUCUUGAUUUUCCACAAUAUUUUCAUUAUGAUCGUGUUGAUCAAAUGAUUUUAAUGAAAAUAAAAAGAAAAUAAAUUUAACACAAUAUUGUAAUUUUUUUCAUAAAACUUUAAUGAUUUUAAUUUUCAUCCUCAAACUACUUAUUUACAGUCACAUUACAUUGAUAAUUUCAAAUAAUAAUAAUUGAAAAUUCAGUGAAUAAAAAUUUAUUAUUCACAAUAUUUAAUUAUUCAUCUGAAUGUUGAAAAAAAAAAAAAGUAUAAACAAUAAUGAAAAAAAUUGUAUGAGAAUGGAUCAUUAUUAUUUAUUAUUAUAUUAUAAUUCAUGAAUGAAAAAAUUUGAAAAAUUAAUUGUUAUUCACAAUUUAAAUCAGUUAAAAGAAAAAAAUUUCAACAAAAAUUUUAAUUGUUUAUUAUUUUUUGGUUAAAUUGACUGUGAAAAAUUGUUGUCUAGAAAAAUUAUUAAAUAUUUACUAAUAUUAUUUAUAAUAAUAAAAAUUAGAUAAAAAAAAAAUUAUAAACAAAUUACUUAACAGCUAAAGCAAAAAGACCAAUUUUUUUUAAACAAAAAUUUCAUGAGAUUUUUAAUUCUGCAAUAAAAAAAACAAAUUGAUAUGUCAAAAUUUUAGUAACUUUUUUUUUCUUUUAAACAAACCUAAAUAAACUUUUUUACUUGAGAAUAAUAUAAAAACAAACAUCAAUUUAUUGGAAAAGAUAUGAAAAUUGAGUUUAAAAAAAUACUGUACAAAAAGAACAAAAAAAAAAUGAAAAUUAAUGUAAUUUUUUUAAAGAAUGUACCAAGUAAAAUAUAAUAAUAAUUAUAAAAGUUACACACUUUGAUAUUUUCAUUUUCAUGGUAAAAUUGAAAAUGAAAAAAACAAAAAAAAAAAGAAAAAACAAUAUGAAUAAUUAUCAAAAAAUAAUAAUGAUAAUAAUUAAUAAUAUAUAUAUAAUUUUGAAUAAAGAAAAAAAGGAAUAUCUAA